AUGCAGUUGGCAGCGCAGGCCAUACAUCCUGCAGCCCCUGCGGCAGUGCCGGGGGCACUGCCACGACCUCGGCCCUUGGCAGAGGGCAAGCCCCACCAGUUCUGCGCUCCAGCUGCCUCUGUCGCGGUCCUGGCUGCGGCCACAAGCCGCGCAGCACGGACGUCGCGCCCCGCACGUGGCGGGGAGGAGUCUGGCCGCAGUUUCGCCGAAAUGGUGCAUUGGUUGAAGGAGAAUGGUGCCCAGGGCCUGGAAAACAUCGCGCUUGGAAACAGCCCCAUGGAAGGAGCCGGGCAUGGCGUGUUCACGGCAGCAGGAGCAGAGCCUGGCAGUAGAAUCCUGUCCAUCCCCCGAGCUUGCUGCAUCGUUGCCGAGGACAGGAUGGCUUUGGCUGCAGCUUUGUUGGCGGAGAGAAAGCGCUGCCCGUCCUCUCCCUUUGCACCGCUCCUUGCCACCCUGCCGUCGGCAAGGGAUCUGGCUGCCCACCCGAUAUUUUGGCCUCCCGGCCUCUCCUUGCGCAAGAUCUUGGCCUCAUGCCCUCACUCCUGCCGGAUGGUCUACCACAUGCAGCUGCGUGCGAGCCUGGAAGCAGCAGAGUUGGUUGAGCAUGGUGCGGCCACGUCUCGCGAGGAGGCUCUUUGGGCACUGGCCCUCGUUGAGUCCCGCGCUGUGACUUUAACCGACGAGGGCCCAGAAUCUCCUCCUUGGCGGCUGGGCCUUUGCCCCAUCAUUGACUUCCUGAACCACCAGGAGCCCAGCGAGGGCGCUGCCCCCCGCUGUAAGCUGGUGGACGACGUGGCUUCAGGCCAUGUCCAGGUGGCUGCAGCGCGACCGCUGGAGGCCGGGGACGAGCUGCUCUUCAUUUACGAGGAGUGCUCCAGCGCACAGCUAUUCGCUCGGUAUGGCUUCGUCCAGUUUCCGCCUGCCAUCCCACACCCGAACGAGAGAUGUCUGCUGAACGUGCCCAUCGCGGACCCAAGCCUUCCUGGUGGACCGGAGGCCGCUGCAGCCCGGGUGGCUUUCGCAAGGCAAAGCGGCUGGAGGAGNNAGGAGUGCCUGGAGGCCGCUUCUACUUCGAAUGCCGUACAAUGCGGAAGAAGGCGGCUCCCUGAUGCCCCUUGCGCGCCUCGCCCUGCUUCCCUCCGCAGAUGCUGUCUGGAGUCAGGGGGCUUCCUGCUGGAAUGGCCGACUGCCUGA